AUGUCAAAGCCUGGCUUUGACGAAAAGGGAUUCCCACUCAAUGUUCCUGCAGCAAGCAGAGAGAUCAACAGAAUAUGUGGACGUCGAGGGCACAUCGCUGCACGCCACGAAGAGCAACUUCGCGGGACAGACGAGGACCUCCAGGACGACUACCGCCAAAAAGCGUUGACACUCCGAGAGGUGUAUGCUCGCUACACAAAGACUGUCGCCGAGCAGUUAUACUCAUCCAGGUUCAGACUGAUCUACGAGUUGCUGCAAAAUGGAGAUGACGCCCGCUAUGCAGAGGGUGUUGAGCCCACGGUCACCUUUCGAAUCAAGCCCACUGAGUUAAUCAUUGAAACAAAUGAGAGAGGUUUCUCACUCGGGGAUGUUGAAGCUAUUUGUGAUACUGGAAAGAGCUCGAAGAUCGGCAAUAGUGACACUACUGGUGAAAAAGGGCUGGGUUUCAAAUCAGUUUUUGGUAUUGCCGACUACGUCCAUAUCCAAUCUGGGCUCUGGUCUUUCCGGUUUGAGCAUAAGAGAGGCGAAGACGGCGUGGGAAUGAUCACUCCGAUCUGGACUGAUGUUGUAACCUCGUUACCUGCUGGGGUCGGGACGAAAUGCACGCUUCGGUACUCUGACACUCGCGAUAAUUUCUACCAGCGCCUAAUCUCCGAAUUCGAAAGGCUUCCGAAAACCACCAUCUUCGCUCUGCGUCAAGUCAGAAGGAUGGUUGUGGUCGUGGAGCGUGCUGAUGGACGAUCAGAUCACAUUACUUUCACCAAGGAUGGAGAUUUGAGUUCAGAAGAGAUGCAAAUCAGCACCACGGUGACUGGGCAAUUUGGUGACCAUCGUUCAGAAAAGACCAGGUUGAGAUGCUUCGAGCAUACGGUCAUCGACCUGCCAUCUGAGAGUCAACGCACAAAUGCCGCAUCUGAUGUGACGGUGGCAUUUGAAGUGAACUUGAGUGGAACACCCGUCGUGCCACCUCGAGGACAGCAUGUUUUUGCUUACCUUCCUGUACAGCGCGUUCCACACUUGCCUUUUCUCAUCCACGCAAAUUUUGUGCUUGCGGCCAAUCGUGAAGCGGUACCGGACACAGAUUGGAACCAAGCAUUGCGACAAGGUAUUGUUACGGCAUUUGUCGAGUGGGUCAUGAAAGUUGUCACGCCUGGCGAUGAGUUAGAGUACAAGUGGAUGCGCUAUCUCCCAGGAACCACCAUAGAAGGCUUUUGGGGAGAUUUAUAUGACGACAUCAAAUACGAACUGCUGAGAAAAGCCAUCCUACGGUCACGUCGGGGUCGCCUUCACAACCUCAGGCAUCUGAGGAUUCUUCCUCACUGGUUUUUUUACGAAGGCUUGCCACUGCUGCCGGACACGGAGGCUGACAUCUAUCUAUCUGACAGAUACGAGCCACAAGACGUGAAGACCUUGAAGGAACUUGGCUUAGGGGGAAUCACUGCUCCAGAGCUCUUGACGAGAAUGAAGCUUGGCCUUUUGGCAAGUGAGAAAGCAGGUAUUCACGACAGGCCUUUGGAUGAUCCAUGGCAUACGAGAUUCGGCGUCCUUGUACACUGGCUACUCCAAAUUGACUAUGUCAAGUUGGAGGUAGAGAACCUGAACAUCAUUCCUCUAAACAACAAUGGCUGGGUUUCACCUUCGUCUUUACGUCGCGAUCCUGUCUAUUUGCCCUACAUUAUCGACGAGGAUGCAGUGAGGAUCGAGGUGCCCGACGGUCUCGGGAUAAGGAAGCUCCAUCCGACGGCUGCUGCGGACGGAGAACGCGCAAGCUUCUAUAUGAGUCUGGGAAUCGCCUCAUGUCCUCAUUAUACAGUAACGCAAAAAAUCCUCGAAGGGCACGAGUCCAGUGGAAGGCGCGGUAAUGUAUUAACCUUUCUGAGAGACCUUGAAAUACUCUUCUGGUUCGGGCAGCCUACGUCCCAGUCGUCAGUACGUCAUACACGUCUACGCCUUGUGAGCGACGAGAACAUGCAGCAUCGAGGACGUUCGCUGUUUUUCCCUUCAGACAACGAAUACCAUUCGGAGAAACUGCUUGCUGCAACUCUUAAGAAAGACUUGUCAGACUGCGGCUACGGCAUUCUCGAUUCCCGAUACAUGGAAUCACAAGUUCGGAAGCAUAUUCGCCAUGACCUUGACUGGAUCUCUUGGCUGCAGAAGUGUGGCAUUUCAUAUUUCCCGCCUCUGACGGAGGUCAGAUCUGGGCAAUAUAAACUGAACCCUCUCAUGUCGCUUAUUGCUAGGGACAAUUCCAAGAGCUUUGUUGCGAACCUGAAAGAACAUUGGUCUGACUACCGGGUUGGAGCGGCCAGGAUCACUAAGCAUUUGAAGAUGAUCGAUGUGCCAUGCCGAAAUGGAACUCAUAAAGAGCUUGGAGAAACUAUUCUACCUGUGCAACAGCUGGUUGAAAAGAGCAAAGAACUCCAAAUGGAGGAGGUAUUACCAUUCUUGGAACUGCCUCCGGAGUCUGACAUCCAACAGUCUGAUACUUGGUCCUUCUUGAAAGACUUUGGAGUAAUCUGUGAACUCGACACCAGUUUCUUCUUGAAGGCAGUACGCUUGCUGACCGCUUCCACGCAAACGCAAUUGAUACCGGUGUGUACGAGCAUCUAUGCUGGCAUUGCUCAAACUACCAAUCUUGGAGAUACUGCUACCGUGCAGAAAAUGUUCUCAGAUCAGCCACUUAUCCGCACGCACACGCCAGCCGAAGUAUGGUGUAGAUCCACUGAUUGUAUUUGGGACGGUCCAAUAUUUCUGCGCGCUAAAAAAGUACUACAUCCUGUGUACGGAGCCGACCGGAAUGCUUCCGUUUUCUUCAAGACAAUAUUGAGUAUGCGGGAUGUGGAAUAUCGCGAUUUGAUCGACGAACUCAACAUAUUUGCUUCGGGAACGAACGAAGCCUCGUCCUUUGAGGAUAAACUGUAUGGAAUCUACAAGCUCCUGGCGGAGAUGACGCGAUCUGAAUCAACGAUCGAGGCCGUUCGGCAAGAAUUCAACGCACGUGGUCUCAUUUUUGUGAGGCAAAGGUGGCUGAAGCCAUCUGAAUGUUUGUGGAAUUGUACAAUCGCAAUUUCCGGCCGUGUGCCACUGGAACAAGUAUAUCCCAAGCUAAAGAAAUUCUUUGUCGACAAGAUGAAAGUCAUGACUAUGAACAUCGACGUACUUGUACAGGAACUCGCAAGGACCGCAAAGAAGACAGCACCGGACUUUGACGAAAUCAAGCGCAUUAUACUUGCAAUUGGCCAACUGUUAGCAGCUGAUCCCGAGGUCAAAAUCAAGGACGAGUUUCUGAAUACAUUGAAGAAGACGGCUUUUCUUCCUGUAUGUUGUCCUGACGGUAUGAGGCCGUUUUCCAUCGAUGAACACUUCUUCAUCAAUGACCAUAAGCGAUAUGGAGAGAGCUUCAGACACAAAGCAAGAAUUGUGGACUUCUGUCACGAAGAAAUGACUUCGUUGCAUCCGUUUUUCGAAUUACUGGGAAUUCGACAUCGAUACCUUUCAAACCAUGUCCGUCCGGUCACUACCUGCCACAGACCAACUGAGAGCAUCCCUCUCGGACGUCAUAUCAGAGACCGUGCAUAUGGAUUUUCCUGCUGUGCCAACUUUUAUAACAGCCCUAGAUACUACAACCGGAACACCACAACACACCAGUUACUUCUAAACACGGAAGUGUACGUCUGUGAAGAGAUGUGGACGGAACUCACUGUGAGGCAGGAGGGAGACCAGGACAUCUCCGUACGAAGUGAUAGGGCCGUGGUGAAAGUAGACGACGAAGUUGACGGGAAGCUGGCGCUAUAUGUUCCAAGCGACCAUGACGGCCUCUAUUCAUGCUUCCACACCGAGCUUCCCGGACAACUUGCGAGGCUUCUUGCUAUCCAAGACAGAGCUGCAGUGAAGGUGAUCCACCGGAUUUUGAAUGACAAGGACCUGGACAAGACCAUGAAGGAUGAGGACCUGUGUUACUAUGAGUGGUUCGACAGGCCUGAACCAUUGCAAACGUCUUCGCCAUUUCCUGCCCCGAACGGCGCUGAAGGUCCCACCGUCGACCUAACUUCCAUCCCACCUACCAUUCCAGACGAAGCUCUGCUGGUCGUUCUGGCCGAUCAAAGCAGCAACGCAUCAUACACACAGGAUACCAACAACGUGCCUGCCCCAGUAAGUGUCAAUUAUGCUCCUCAAGACUCUGUCUGGGAGCAGGUGGCACGCAAUGAGCAGUACAAAAAGCUUCUGAGGGAAGUUGUUCGACAAGCGAGGCGUGGUCAACCUCCCCAGGGAGGAUCGUUGUCCCUGUAUGAAAUCGACCAAGCUCUGGAUGAGCUUGACAAUCGGGUCGAUUAUGCAGGUUUCUUCCGAACAUUUGGCGGCACAGGUAAUGGCAAUUUCGAACACAAUGCUCGCAUAGGAGCAGCUGGAGAGUUAUUUGUAUUCGAGCUCCUCAAGUCUUCCCGAGUGUCAGAUUUUUCCAUCGACAACUGGCAGAGCUCAAUUCGCCACUAUGUGAGGGAGUUGCCUGAAUAUGCUAACGAACCAGCAUGGAGUGGGCGGGAGAUUUCAGAUAUCAUGUACGAAGGCAAUUGCCCACGUCUGAUGGAUAUUCUUCGACGAAACACUACAUUUCCGUACCCUCCUUGGCUCGGAUCUCGUGCAACGCCCGCUGCGGUGCGCUAUCAUAUUGAGGUUAAGACAACAGGAGGACCUUGCAGCACCCCAUUCUUCAUGAGUGGUAACCAGUACAGAUUGAUGCGAGAGAAAGCAUGCGAACCUCAUUCACCAAGGGCUCCAAUAGAUCUGUUCGUGAUCAUGAGGGUUUUCAAUCUGUUUUCCAGCAACAUUGGUUUGCAAGUCUACAUCAACCCAUGGCAUCUUAGGGAUGUAGCCUUGGACUUCGUGGCAGAUCCCUGGAAAGUCGUUCCUAGCGAGGGUAUAUCACUCAUUGAUGGUGUCCUGAACGGUGUGGACGUUGGUAUGACUGGCGAAGAAGCUGGGCAGAUGCGGUCUCAUAUGUAA